AUGGGUUCUCUCUCCCCGGCGCUCUGCUUGUGUCUCCUGGGCCUGGCCUCCAUGGCCAUGGCAUCCCCGCCCAGGCGGCCGUUGGAUGUCCCGUUCCAGACGAACUACGUACCCACUUGGGCCGGAGACCACAUCAAGUACAUCAAUGGCGGAAUGGAGGUGCAGCUUUCCCUCGACAAAUACUCAGGUACAGUGAGUAACCCUCACUGCAGAUAGAUAGAUUGAUAGGUAGAUAUAUAUAAAUAUAUACAGAGAGAGAGAGCUCUCUGAUCCCUGUUACGAUCUUCAUUCUCCAUGGAAACUGCGUUUCUGCAGGCACCGGUUUCCAAUCCAAAGGUUCUUACCUUUUCGGCCACUUCAGUAUGCAGAUCAAGCUCGUCCCCGGCGAUUCUGCCGGAACCGUGACGGCAUUCUAUGUAAACCCCUACAUGCUCAGAUCCGCUCCUCUCACUAGUGCCUCUCUCCUCACUCUCUCUACCUGGUUUCUUCCCCCUCUUUUUCAUCGUCUUCUUCUUCAUCAUCUUCUUCAUCUUCUUCUUGUGUGCAGCUCUCUUCGCAGAACUCGGAGCACGACGAGAUCGAUUUCGAGUUCCUGGGGAACCGGAGCGGGCAGCCCUACAUCGUGCAGACGAACGUCUUCACCGGGGGGAAGGGGGACAGGGAGCAGAGGAUCUACCUCUGGUUCGACCCCACCAAGGACUACCACUCCUACUCCGUCCUCUGGAACAUGUACCAGAUUGUGUACGUCUCCCUCCCUCCCCCAUCCUCUGAGGGACUUUUUCCUCUCCAUCUCUCUUCCUUUCUCUCUUGCAUUCUCUUCUCCCAUACUAUACCUGCUGUGCGUGUGGAAGUGAAGUGACGAGAGCGGAGGUUGGUGGCGGCAGGUUCUUCGUGGACGACGUGCCUAUCAGGGUGUUCAAGAACAGCCGGGACCUGGGGGUGCGGUUCCCGUUCAACCAGCCGAUGAAGAUUUAUUCUAGCCUGUGGAAUGCCGACGACUGGGCCACCCGCGGCGGCCUCGAGAAGACCGACUGGAGCAAGGCCCCCUUCGUCGCCUCCUACCGUAGCUUCCACGUCGACGGUUGCGAGGCCUCCGCCGCCGCCGCCUUCUGCGCCACCCAGGGCAAGCGCUGGUGGGACCAACGCGACUUCCAGGACCUCGACGGCCUCCAGUACCGCCGCCUCGCCUGGGUCCGCCGCCAGUACACCAUCUACAACUACUGCUCCGACCGCUCCCGCUACCCCGCCAUGUCCCCUGAGUGCCGACGCGAUCGCGACGCCUAG